AUGAGCACUGUACCCCAUUCCGAGCCCCAAAUGAAGGCCGAUCUUGAGUCAUUGGUCUACUUGGAAGAAAUGUUCCAACACUAUGGUCACGAGGAUGGAUUACGAGAUGGCAAGGAGUCUGGUGAACUUGAAGGGCGUAUCUUUGGAUGUGAAAAGUCAUUUGAAUUGGGAGUUGAAGUGGGAUUCUAUGAAGGAUGUGUACAAACAUGGCGUGAGUUAGCCGAAGCUCAUGGAGACAAGGUUUCUAGCAAAGUAUCAAAGCAUCUCCAAUCCUUACAAAAGAUGAUUGAUGAAUUUCCUCGCGAGAACUGCCCGAAUACAGACAUGUAUGGUGCACGCGACAAGAUGAAGGCCAAAUUGAAAGUGAUCACAUCUCUGCUCGGCGUACGACAAAAGUUCAACAUGGAGGAUCCACCUAAAAUGAUCUAUUAA